GUAUAAGAAGUUUGAGAGUUUGAGAGCGCAGAAGCGAACUAGCUUGAAGGCAUAAAAGUUUGCUCGAGUGUGGCCAAGACCGACUAGAAAGGAUUUGAGCGGCUGAGAUGGUUGAGGUGGAUGCAUUUUUCUAGUGGACUAGUAGUUUCAGGUACGUUUGGUUCAUAGGAGAACGAGGAAUCUAAGAGGAAGUCGGGAGACUUUGCCUUGUAAGUAGGGAAAGACGUGAAGUAGAUUUAAACGGAUGCAGUCAAACCGUCGAAAUUUAUUAACCAACCGUAACUUCCACACAAGUACGCACUAGAGAACGCAGUCCCUCCGCAAAGACAGUUUUCUCGCCCUUUCCAUCUCUUUUGCGUUCCUAUCCCGCAUUUCAUUCCUCUCUUCCCCCCAUAUAUCUGUUACUGUUAGCAUUAAUAAUUUAUACCUCUGCAGAUCCCAAUCUCUCGUCUCUCUCUCUGAAAGACCCUCCUUCCUUUCCCGCGACCAUAGUCCAUUGAAACAAUCGAUAACAACCCCAUCUCUGUCUCUAUGCCUGGAAUAUGGAGAUGGAAGAAGGUCAAGGAUGUUUCCCUCAUGAUGACCUCAACGGCGCUAACGACUCCUUCGAAUCAAUGUCGCUUUCGGUUGGCGCAGGCAUCGUUCAUCUCCACCCACCUCAACUACCUCAACUUGGGUUGGUGCCGCCGUCGGGAAACCCUUGUUGGAGUACAGCAGCGUUACAAGUGGGACCGUCAUGGUGGUGGAGGUGGUGGAGCUGACGGCAGCAUCAGAAAAAUCAGGGCGGAAGCCAAUUGCCCCCGCUGUUCUAAACACAUAGAUCUCCUCGUCUCCAAUCGCCAAUUUCCGUCGAAUCUCACUCCGUCAGUUUCUACGUAUGUCGUCAAUGAUAAGGACGGCAAUCGGGGGUACCAUGCCGUCAAUUUCUGUCCUAAUUGCAGAACUGCCUACUACUUCCGGCCUCACAACACUGCCCCUCUUCAGGGCAGCUUUGUAGAAAUUGGCAGGUUCAACGCGAAUCCGCACAAAUCAGUGAAGAACAUCAAUCACGCCGGAGAUGCUGCUGAUGGAAGUCAAGAGAAUGCAGAUCCUGUGAAUACUAGUGUUACUAAUAGGUUAAGGGCAUCCUUCUGGGAGACACUGAGGUCUUAUGGAGGGGACCCCCCGGAGAAUUGGCCUUCACCUCCAUCAGGAAACGGGCUGGCAGUGCAUACUCCACCCGGCCCCCCAUUUGCACCGGGCAUUAAUGUGAUUCGAGAUACGGGGACCAGUCAGGGAGGAUCAGGUGCUAAUGGUAGUGGUGGACAGAAAGGUGGUGGGUGGGGCGGGUCUAAUUUGGGGAAGGACUUGCCUACGCCUAAGGAGAUUUGCAAGGCGCUUGAUAAGUUUGUAGUAGGCCAAGAUAGAGCCAAAAAGGUACUUUCCGUGGCUGUUCACAACCACUAUAAGAGGAUAUACCAGGCCUCUUUGAAGAAAGGGUCAGAAGCAGAAUCAGGGAUUUCGGAAGCAAUAGAUGAUGACGAUAAUGUGGAGCUUGAAAAGAGCAAUGUGCUCUUGAUGGGCCCAACUGGCUCUGGGAAGACAUUUCUUGCCAAAACACUGGCUCGGUUUGUCAAUGUGCCUUUUGUCAUUGCAGAUGCAACAGCUCUAACUCAGGCUGGUUAUGUUGGUGAAGAUGUUGAAUCGAUAUUGUAUAAACUACUCACAGUCGCUGAGUUUAAUGUACAAGCUGCACAACAAGGGAUGGUAUAUAUUGAUGAAGUAGAUAAGAUUACCAAGAAGGCUGAAAGCUUAAAUAUUAGCAGAGAUGUUUCUGGUGAGGGUGUUCAGCAGGCAUUACUGAAAAUGCUGGAAGGAACUAUAGUGAAUGUUCCUGAGAAGGGGGCGAGGAAGCACCCUCGAGGUGAUAGUAUACAGAUGGAUACAAAAGAUAUCCUUUUUAUAUGUGGUGGAGCAUUUGUUGAUCUUGAAAAGACCAUUUCAGAGAGACGACAAGACUCUUCGAUUGGAUUUGGGGCACCUGUUCGUACUAAUAUGCGAGCUGGGGGAGUGACUGAUGCUUCAGUGACAUCAUCUUUGCUUGAAUCGGUUGAGAGUGCUGAUCUUAUUGCAUACGGACUUAUACCAGAGUUCAUUGGACGUUUUCCCAUAUUAGUUGGUUUGUCUGCUCUAACUGAGGAUCAACUUGUUAGGGUCCUUACGGAACCAAAAAAUGCUCUUGGUAAACAGUACAAGAAAUUGUUUAGCAUGAACAAAGUGAAGCUACAUUUCACUUCAAAAGCGCUAAGACUAAUUGCGAAGAAGGCGAAGGAUAAGAAUAUUGGUGCCAGGGGCUUAAGAGCCAUAUUGGAAAACAUUCUGACUGAAGCCAUGUUUGAGAUUCCAGAUGCUAAAUCAGGAAAUGAGAGUGUAGAUGCAGUCUUAGUUGAUGAGGAGUCAGUGGGCCCUGUAAAUACCCAUGGAUGUGGUGGGAAAAUUCUUCGUGGAGAGGGUGCAUUGGAGCGUUACUUUGCUCAACAAAAGUUGUCAGAAUCAGGGGAAAAUGUUGGGACAGCUGAAGGGGACUUGCAGGAUGGUGAGUCGGAGGUCUCGUCAAGAGCUGUGAGCAUGUAAAACUAUAUACUACGGUUGUUAUAAUGCAUAGAAUGUUAGGUGUAAACACAUUCAUAAUUGGGUGUAAUUAUUCCGCUGUAAAACACCAUAGCCUCUUUUUCAUAAAUUCAGCGAAAAAAAAAAAGCAGAGACAAAAGUACAAUGCGGCAUUGUUUGCUCUAGCAGCACAGUGUAUUCCGAACAUGUUUGCGUUUACAAUAAUAAUAUUUAUCAUUUAUUUUGUUCUUCUAAA